AUGGACGGAAAUUUCUCUCCCCCCGCAGACGCACUCUACAGUUCCCUGCCCUCACCACCCGCAGAGCCAAAUGUAGUCCCCUCUACUCCAAGGAUCACAGAUCUACCCGUCCAUGCAAUAUGCCCGACCAUCCCACUCCUCUCCUCGAAGAGCAACAAUCCUUGCGUUCCCUGUAUCCCCACACUCCACCUCGAAGUCCGCCUCCUCCCGCAGGCCUCAAUUCGCCCUGACUCUAUUAUUCGUUACGUCCACGAAUGGCUCAACGCCAACUUCAUCUCCCUGCACCUCGCGCAGAAUAUCACAGUCUUUGAAGAUGCCCCACUAAUCUCGGAGAGCGUGGAGAUAAUCACGGUAGUUGAGGCUACGGGGUCGACAGCGGAGAUACUACACCUUGAUGAGGUACUACUAGACGUGUGCGCUUAUAAGCUACACGAAGGGACCGAUGUACUUGGUGGGACAGGUGGUGAGGACGGUGAGGAGGCACCGAGCUCGAGGGUGUUGGUCCUGCCGAGUAGGGCUUUGGAUGGACUAUGGGAAUAUCUGGUUUUUGAGCCAGAUAUUAGGAGAGGGUUGUUACAUUUUAUAUCAAGUAUUAUUUUGUUUGCGGAUAAGAAGGUCAACUUUAUGUGUGUGACUUGGAACAGGCUGAUAUUGCUACAUGGGCCUCCGGGGUCCGGGAAAACGACACAGAAGCUCUCGAUUCGGCUGUCGAAACGGUUCUCGCACUGCCAGCUUGUGGAGAUUAAUAGCCACAGCCUGUUUUCAAAGUGGUUCUCGGAGUCGGGUAAGCUCGUGGGCAGGAUGUUUGAUGAAAUACUGCAAAUGCUGGCGGACGAGGAUACAUUUGUUGUGGUACUAAUAGACGAAGUCGAAUCUCUCACCUCAGCCCGAAAAGGUGCCGCCAGCGGCAACGAGCCUUCCGACUCCCUCCGGGUCGUGAAUGCACUGCUGACAGCACUUGACAAACUCCGUUUCAAAAAUAACGUGAUCGUGCUCACAACCUCAAACCUCCUGGAGGCUAUGGACCCUGCCUUCCUCGACCGCGCAGACAUAAAGCAGUACGUCGGUGCCCCCAAAACACAAGCCGUUUACACCAUUCUACGGACGUGUCUCAACGAACUUAUUCGUUGCGGACUGAUUGAUGAGCAGACAGAAAUUGCCACGGCCGAAGAAGCCAGCUUGACACUUUUCUCGCAGCCCUGCUUUGCGUCGAGCAGGCUAUGGCGCAUCGCAGAGGAGUGUACGGAAUUUUCGGGCCGGACAUUAAGGAGGCUGCCGGUGCUGAUGCAUGCGGCGUAUAUUCAGAAGGAGAGCUGUAGUCUGAUGGAGGCCUUAAAGGCCUUGGAGUUGGCGGUAGAGGAUGAGAAGAGGGCGAGGAAGGAGUUGGCGGGGGACUGA